AUGUCGAGGUGUGGGCCCAAAUGUUUGUUGCACAAAUUGGGUCUUUACAACGCCAUCCGUCAGAGUCUCCCUCCAAGCAUAACCGGUCCUUCUACAGCCACUCCCUGCAGACAUAGGCUAGCUGAAGCCCGCGAUGCGACUACGUACGAGACGUGUACACUAGGUAGCCUCGCGGGCGUGUCGUUGCCCGACAAGGACAACUCCCAGCUGCCCUUCGAGAUUAACUGCGUGCAGCGAUGCAUCGCGAUCGCCCUCACGACGCCGAGCAGCAGUAUCGUCAGCUCGCGCGUCUGCCUCGACUUCAUAGGUCCUAACCUUUACUUCAACUUUUCGUCUUUCCCGGGUUACACUACCAACGUGGAAGCUGAAGCUGAAGGGCAACUCGCUCGACCCGAGACCUGGAGCAACCCUCCAAUGGCCAAAAUCGUGUGCGCACGGGAUGGGUCUGGGUUUGUCUGCAAACUGCCCUUCACCACCAUCCUGGGGGUUCCUGUUACUACCCCGAUCAAGGAUAUCAUGGCGGGAAUGUGCCCCAACGGCGACCGGGAGGCUUUCAACGUCUUCCUGGCAUUCUCUGGCCAAACUGAAUCAGUCGAAUCGAGCACUAGUACCGUAAUCACUUCUGCUUUCAUAAGCUUGGCUCCUUGCAUAGCCCGGGACGCUCGCGGUCGGUGCACGUCGUGCUCGGCCACCACCCAGGACUACUUUGAGAUGAUAUUCCACUGCACCAAGUGCGCGGCGGUCCCAUCGUUGGCGCGGCCUUUGGCUACGGAGAGACCAACCCGCAGCACCAGGAAGUCCUUCACGCUGGACACGCAGCCCGGCCAGGGCUGCAACCGUUGGGGCUGGUCCGACACCUCCACACUCGCGGAGCUACAGGGCGGUAGCAGCGGCGACAUCAAGGGGCCCUUAUACGUCGGCGCUAGGGGCAAUGAUAUCACCAAGGCUGUAACGGAAGGUAAGGUCGCUAUCGGCUGGGCCCUUGCCAAGGGGUACAAUCUCGCGGAGGCCAAUGUCUACUUCGAUUGCCUGCACCUAGAUCAGUGCACAGCGGACUCGGACACGUGCAACUCGGCAUCCCUCACUGCCAAGGAUACGCGGUACUGGGCGGUCACGAUGCUCGCGCAUCCGAAGUAUCCGAGCGGGAGCCAGGCGGCGCUUAUUGUCCAUGCCUUCGUCAAUAUUAAGACCAAGGACAGCAAGUGUCCGGCGAUAAAGGCGAGCUGA